AUGUGUCCGGAUGGAAAUCCAUCAAUUCGACAAUGCAAUAAUGAUUCAGAUUGUAUGUUUGGUGAUGAAAUGUGUGCAGUUGGAAAAUGUUGCUCAGUAUGUUCACAGCAUCGACGUCAAGUGUUGAAUAAUUUACCAACUAAUAAUGUUGUUGGUGUACAUAUACCUCAAUGUGAUCCUACCGGUAAACAUUAUCGAGCAGUACAAUGCCGUACUGGAACUGAAGAAUGUUGGUGUGUUUCACGAUAUGGCCGGAUUAUUGGUUUAUUGAAACCUAAAACGGCAGAUUCGAAUGCAGCAUGCGAAAUAUUACGAUUAACAGUGAAACGUAUUAUGGAGGAGAAGCGGGAACGUGUUAAAAUACGUCGAAAGCAGGAAAAUUUAACAAGUCCAAAACAAGAGAGUCAAUCGAUUGCUAUACUAUCUAAAGGACAACAAGGUACAGAAUCAAAGCAACAACUUCAGAGUAUAAAUAAUGAAAUUGGCGACAAAUGUUUAUGGAUGAAAUCUGGACGAUGUCCGGAUCAACCGGCAUCUCUUACUGGUACAUCAAAACUUUGCCACUGUGACGGUGAUUGUUCAGGUUUACAGAAAUGUUGUCCAGUUUUAGCUGGUGGAUUGGCUUGUUCUCCUAAUAUUACAAUCAGUACCGAUCAAUUAUCAGCGAUAUUACACUCUUCAUCAACCAAUUCAACAGCAGUAUGCGCUAAGAAUGAAGAGUUUGUGGAAUGUGUUAAUGAAUGCAAAGUAAGUUGUUCUUCAAGAAAAUCGAUUCCAUGUUUCAUUGAACGAUGCAAGAGUGGAUGUCAAUGCAAAUCAGGUUUCAUUCGUCAAAACGAUGACUUUCAUGCACGAUGCAUCCCGGAAAAUGAGUGUCCUCAACAGAUUACUGAACCAGAAAAACGUUGCAUUGAUCCUUUGCGUGAAUAUAAGACUUGUGGUUCAGCUUGUCCAAUUUCAUGCUUUUCUCAAUUUGAAAAAUGCACAACUGAAGGGUGUGUGGAAGGAUGCUUUUGUAAAGUUCCAUAUAUUCUCGAGAAUGGUUCGGAUUCAAUCCAUUCCAGAUGCAUCCUACCUGUAUACUGCCCUCUAUUACUGGGAGAUUAUUCUCCACUGAAUGCUACCAUUCAUUUCGUUGCGAUGGCUCCAACAACCCUUAAUUCCCAUUUAUUUCCUGAACAUCGCAAAGACUCGAUCACUCAACCGACAGUGAUGCGUUGCAGCGAUCCACUGAAGAAUUUCCAUAUCUGCGGUUCUGGCUGUCCAGGUUAUUAG